CUACUUUUGGCGAGAUUCAAUGAUGUUGGAGGACUUCAAAGCAUAUGGAGAUGUUAUGAUAUUUGACACAACAUAUAGGACAAACAAAUAUGGACUGAUAUGUGCACCAUUUGUUGGCAUAAAUUGCCAUUGGAAAACAACAAUGUUUGCAUGUGCUUUCAUAACUAAUGAAAAGGAAGAGAGCUUUGAAUGGCUACUAGAAACAUUCAAGAGAGCAAUGUGCCAACAAGAGCCAAAGACAAUUUUCACUGAUCAAGAUAAGGCAAUGGGCAAUGCAAUUGAAAAGGUUUUCCCAAAUACAAGACAUAGGCUUUGCCUUUGGCAUAUAGAGAAGAACUUUGUAAGCCACUUCGGAUCCCUCAAGACCAAUGAAGACUUCAAGAACAUGUUCAAGAACUGUUUGAUGGGGUGUCAAAAUGAAUCAGGCUUUGAAGAAUUGUGGGCGAAAAUGAUGGAAUUGUAUGGACACGAGAAAAAAGAAUGGUUCGAGCAAGUAUAUGAUCAGAGACACAAGUGGUGCACCGCAUUAAACAGGGAUAUGUUUUCAGCUGGAAUCUUAUCAUCACAAAGAAGUGAAGUCACAAAUAAGGCAAUAUCAUUCAAUGCAAAAGCAACAACAAACCUGUUUGAAUUCUAUCAUAUAUUUGAGCAAACAGUGAAAGAUGGAGAAGCAAUGAAACUAGUGACAACUUCCGGAACAGAACUGAACGUCCCAAAGCCGUCAAAUCCAAAUCAAAGCUUCUGAAACAUGCAGCUGAUGUAUACACACUAGCACUAUAUAAUGACUUUGAAACAGAGUAUGAGUGGGCAAUGGCAUCAUUUUUACGAGCAUUUGCAACAGAAAACUCACAGCUGAAGUUGUUUGAAGUCUCACCAGAAGAAGAUUUCAGCAAUUCACAUACAGUAGCAUACGA